UCUCUAAAUAAAUCUAGGUGACUCGUGUUUAAAAAUCCAACAGUUUUAAAAAGAGAAGGCAGAGUUUACACUCUGCAGAAUGGGGGUACGUCUCUAGAGGAACUCUCUGGAUCCCCAUGACUCCAGAAGCUCUUACAGAAGAGCUUUGCUCCUGACAGGACUCAAAACUCCCUCUGAUUGGCUGUCGCUGAAGCACAGUAAGAGCCGAGUGGUAAAACUGUGCUACUGGUUGGAUAACACAGCUGUCAAUCAAAAGAGAGGCGUGCGCUAGGUUGCGAGCGAGGCUGAAUCUAGCCGGAAGUAGCGAACUGUUAUUGUUGUGAGUGGAGCCAUGCAGCGCCUGAAUUUAAAUCAGCUUUAUUUUUAAAACGCACAGGGGUGUGAUGAUGAAUUUUGACGGGCUGGACUCUGGAAUGGGGGAUUACCCCCCUGCUCUGCACACGAGUCUGGAUCCAGGCAUGGAACAGCCCCUGGACCCCCGGCUUGACCCAGCCCUGCUUCAGAGUGUGGAGCUCGACCCUGGCGGGCUGCCUGUGCCAGUGCAGGGCUCUGACUCGCUUCACCUGCUGGAGGGCAUGUACUCCGAGCUGCACAGUGUGGUGUCGGAGGCAGGGGUGCCGGUCUGUGCAUCCCACUUCGACUUGCAGGAGGAGCUGCUGUGGAUCGGAAACCACAGGGGCCACGCCACCUCCUUCUUCGGCCCCACCAUGGGCCGCUACUCCUCCUUCCAGGUGCACGCCUCUGAUGACAUCCGACAGAUCCACAGCAUGGAGAGCGGAGUGCUGUUCCUGUCCAAGAGCAACCUGAAAUGUGUGACCCGGGGGGGGCUCGUCAUGUUCGAUUACCUGAUGGAGGAAUCUGCAGACAUGCACAGCCUGCUCCUCACAGACAAUACCACAGCGCUGGUGGGAGGGCUGCAGAGCUACGUGACUCAGAUCGACCUCAACACUGUGCAGGAGACUCAGAAGUUCUCUGUGGAGGUUCCUGGGGUGGCCAUCAUGAGGCAUUCCAACCGAUUCUUCUUCUGUGGCCACACGUCUGGAAAGGUGUCUCUGAGAGACCUGCGCUCCUUCACGCUGGAGCAGGAGUUCGAUGCGUACUCGGGCAGCCUGUCUGACUUUGACGUGCACGGAAACCUGCUGGUGACCUGCGGCUUCUCCAGCAGGAUGAGCGGGCAGGCCUGUGAGCGCUUCCUCAUGGUCUAUGACCUGCGCAUGAUGAGGGCCAUCUCCCCCCUCCAGGUGCACGUGGACCCCCUCUUCCUGCGCUUCAUCCCAACCUACACCUCCAGACUCGCCAUCAUCUCACAGACUGGGCAGUGUCAGUUCUGUGAGCCCACAGGCCUGGCUAACCUGGCUGAUGUGUUCCAUGUGAACACGGUGGGUCAGCUCAUGAGUUUCGACGUGUCCUCCAGCAAGCGGGCGCUGGCAUUUGGGGACUCGGGGGGCUGUGUGCACCUGUGGACCGACUCAGCUGAGGCCUCCUUCAACAGCUACUCGCGGGAGCCUGACUUUGCACUGCCCUGCAUGGUGGACACGCUACCCCACCUGGACUGGAACCAUGACCUGCUGCCCCUCUCCCUCAUCCCAGUGCCUCUGAGCAGCCCUGAGCAGCUGCUGUCAGACUGGUCUUCUGCAUGCAUUCUCCCACAGCCCAGACACGCUCCUCCAGUGGACCCGGAGAUCCUCCGCACUAUGAAGACAGUUGGGUUUAUCGGCUAUGCUCCCAAUCCCAGGAACAGACUGCGAAACCAGGUACCAUACAAGACCAAGGAGGCAGAGAGUGAGUAUGACAGCUAUAACCAGGUUCCAGAGUCUCCCAUUGGGAGGGAGGAAGAACCACAUCUCUACAUGGUGCCCAAGAAAUACAGAAAGGUCACCAUUAAAUACUCCAAGCUGGGUCUUGAAGACUUUGAUUUCAAGCAUUACAACAAAACCCUGUUUGCUGGAUUGGAGCCCCACAUCCCCAAUGCCUACUGUAACUGCAUGAUCCAG